CGUCAGCAUCAAGCGACACGACAGCCUGCUUUCUGGCGUUAGCGGCAGGCAGGUGGACAGAGAUGGCUGCGCCCACAGAGCGGUGUAGCGGCUGCGGGGGAGGCUCUGCUGGGUGUCCGGGGUCGGUGAAGCCCUGGUUGGGGUUCGCUGUGCUCCUGUUCACGGUUUGCUCCCUACCGACGGUGUCCGCGCUGGUGGAGGGCCUGUACUGCGGCACGGAGGUCUGUUACGAUGUGCUCGGCGUCACCCGGGAGGCCGCCAAGGUGGAGAUCGCCCGGGCUUACCGGCAGCUGGCCCGCCGGUACCACCCGGACCGGUUCAAGGUGGGAGAACCGGGCAUGGAGGGAGAGACCCAGGAGACGGCCGAAAAGAGAUUCCUGCUCAUCGUGACCGCGUACGAGACGUUAAAGGAUGAGGAGACUCGGCGGGACUACGACUACAUGCUGGACCAUCCUGAGGAGUACUACCAGCACUACUACACAUACUACCGCCGACGGCUCACACCCAAAGUGGACGUCAGGGUCGUCAUCCUCGUCACCAUCUGUGCCAUCUCCAUCUUCCAGUACUACAGCUGGCACAGCAGCUACAACGAGGCCAUCAACUACCUGGUGACCGUCCCCAAGUACAGAAUCCAGGCCACCGAGAUCGCUAAACAGCAGGGCCUCCUCAACCGCACCAAGGAGAAGGGCAAGAACCGCCGCUCCAAGGAGGAGAUCCGAGAGCAGGAAGAGGAGGUGAUCCGAGAAAUCAUCAAAACAAAGAUUGACAUUAAAGGAGGCUACCAGAAGCCCAACCUGUCUGACAUCCUGCUCUGUCAGAUCGUCCUCUCUCCUUACUACUUUACCACCUACGUGGCGUGGUACAUGUCCUGGAUUUACCGCUUCACCAUCUGCAGGGAGGAGUACGGAGACGAGGAGAAGCUCUACAUCAUUAGGAGGCACAUGAAGAUGUCACAGUCUCAGUUUGACAGUCUGGAAGAACACAACAGAGAAACCUUCAUGGAGAGAAAACUCUGGCUCAAAGAAAACUACGAGGUUUACAAGAAGGAGCAAGAAGAGGAGAUGAAGGUGAAGAUGGCGACCGACCCGAGGAUGAAGAGGUACCGUCGCUGGAUGAGGAACGAGGGGCCAGGGCGGCUGACUUUCAUCGACGACUGACGACCACGAGAGCCGUCUGCGACAAACACGCCUGCCUCAGUGCCGACAAACACGGACACACACGACGUGCUGUGUGGAGGAACGCCUUUACACAAAGUUAACUAUGCCUGUUUAAACAGUGAGAGAUAUUUUCAUAGCAAUCAGGACUCAUAAUGAAGAUGUCCACGUGGAAUAAAACUGUGAGCAUUGGCUGCUUAUUUUGGAGCAUUUUUUUUUUUUUUUACAUCAUGCUACUUUUUCAAACCAGCUUUAUUUCAAAUGAAGUUUACCGAACAAUGUUUUUUUUUUUCUCGGUGUAACAUCAGAUGGAUGAAAGACAUUUUUUGUGCAAGGCGCCAUGCAAGCCGAAAGCUCCCAGUUUGUCUGGCAGCGGCCAUCACUACUGUCCUUUGUGUCUUUUGGAAAGGCAUCAGACCGCCACCUGCUCACUAUGUAUGCUGCUUCAGACCGGCAGCUCACAGGCUGUUAGCAUUUGUUGCUUCUUUGGUGAAUAAAUCACGGCCAGACACUUA